UUUUUUAACUACAUAAAAGCACAAUCUGUUUAUUUGAACUGUCUUUCUGCUUGAACAUGCAAAGAUAUCACAUGUUCAGCAUGUGUUUCCAAGUGAUUCAGUGGAGUUUCAAGUGAUUCAGCAUAUGUCUGUCCAUGGUGUUAUUUUUUCCGUCCAGUAGCGACUUUUUAAAGCAACAGGAUGUUUUAAGAAGGACACACUUCAUUUGACUGAGAGAGCUUCAGGUUGUUCUUCGGGGAGAUGGCAGGAAAAAUAUCCAAAGAAGAGCUGGAGGAGUUGCGAGAGGCCUUCGGGAAAGUUGAUUUGAAUGGCAAUGGCUUUAUCUCUGACCAUGAGCUCCAUGACCUGUUCAAAGAGGCCAAUCUGCCCCUGCCAGGGUACAAAGUCCGAGAGAUCAUCCAGAAACUGAUGGAAGAAGGUGACAAAGACAAGGACAACAGAAUCAGCUUUGAAGAGUUUGUGUCUAUCUUUCAGGAGCUAAAGAGCAGUGACAUUGCAAAGAGUUUCCGGAAGGCCAUCAACAGGAAAGAGGGUAUCUUGGCUAUUGGCGGCACAUCCGAGCUGUCCAGUGCAGGCACACAGCACUCCUUUUCAGAGGAGGAGAGGUUUGCUUUCGUGAACUGGAUCAACACAGCGCUGGAACACGACCCUGACUGUAAACAUGUGCUGCCCAUGAAUCCCAAUACAGAUGCUCUCUUCAAGGCUGUAGGUGACGGUAUUGUGCUGUGUAAAAUGAUCAACCUGUCAGUACCUGAUACUAUUGAUGAGAGGACCAUUAACAAGAAGAAACUAACACCAUUCACAAUACAGGAGAAUCUUAACCUGGCUCUUAACUCUGCCUCUGCCAUUGGCUGUCACGUGGUCAACAUCGGAGCUCUGGACCUUCGGGAAGGCAAACCUCAUCUGGUUUUGGGCCUUUUGUGGCAGAUCAUUAAGAUCGGCCUGUUUGCUGACAUUGAGCUGAGCAGAAACGAGGCUCUUGCAGCACUGUUGAGGGAUGGAGAGACACUUGAGGAUCUGAUGAAACUGUCUCCAGAGGAACUGUUGCUCCGCUGGGCCAACUUCCACCUGGAGAAUGCCGGAUGGAGCAAGAUCAACAACUUCAGCCAUGAUAUAAAGUUAACAGAUUUUUCAAAGUGUGUAAAGGACUCGAGGGCUUAUUUCCACCUGCUCAACCAGAUCGCACCAAAAGGUCAGAAGGAGGGUGAAAGUCACAUUGACAUUGACAUGUCUGGCUUCAGCGAGAAAGAUGACCUGAAGAGAGCCGAGUGUAUGCUGCAGCAGGCAGACAGGCUGGGCUGCAGACAGUUUGUCACGUCUACUGACGUCGUGUCUGGCAACCCUAAACUCAACUUGGCCUUUGUGGCCAAUCUCUUCAACAAGUACCCAGCACUGACCAAACCCGAGAAUCAAGACAUCAACUGGGGCCUUCUGGAGGGAGAGACCAGAGAGGAGAGGACUUUCAGAAACUGGAUGAAUUCUUUGGGUGUCAACCCUCAUGUCAAUCAUUUAUACGGUGACCUCCAAGAUGCUCUGGUCAUCCUGCAACUUUAUGAGAAGAUCAAGGUUCCUGUCGACUGGAACAACAAAGUCAACAAGCCUCCAUAUCCCAAACUAGGAGCCAACAUGAAAAAGCUGGAGAACUGUAACUACGCUGUGGAACUGGGGAAGACCAAAGCCAAUUUCUCACUGGUGGGCAUUGGGGGGCAAGACUUGAAUGAUGGGAACCCGACUCUCACUCUCGCCCUGGUCUGGCAGCUCAUGAGGAGAUACACUCUGAAUGUACUAGAGAACCUGGGCGACGGGCAGAAGGUCAACGAUGAGAUCAUUGUCAACUGGGUUAACAAGACUUUGUCGCAGGCAGGAAAAUCAACCAAAAUAUCAAGUUUCAAGGAUAAAGAGAUCAGCUCCAGUCUGGCAGUGCUGGACCUGAUUGAUGCCAUCCAGCCCGGCUGCGUCAACUAUGACCUCGUGAAGAGAGGAAGUCUUAGCGAUGGAGACAAACUGGACAAUGCAAAGUAUGCUGUGUCCAUGGCCAGGAAGAUUGGCGCUCGUGUCUACGCCCUGCCUGAUGAUCUAGUGGAGGUCAAACCCAAAAUGGUCAUGACCGUGUUCGCGUGUCUAAUGGGCAGAGGGAUGAAGAGGGCGUAAAACAGAACCCUGCGGACAGUCAAGCGCUGAUGUCCUACCCAAAAGCCAUUUUGCUGGUUGAAAGGCUUCUGGUUCAGUAAAUUUAUUACAACCACAAUAAAAAUGGCAACAGAUGUUAAAGAAUCAUGCUUAAGUUUGGCAGGACUACAAAGUUGAAAUGGGCUUGAAGUUUAUGGAAAGGGAGGGUUGAUUCUUUUAGACCAAAACAAAUACGAUUCCAUCUGCAAAAGGGACAAAUUUAUACCAAAUUUUAUUGCAAGAUGACUAAAGCAUAUCUGCAUUGGAUCUAAACCAUGUCGGACUCUGCUUUGCAAUACUUUAUUUACAUAAUCAAUAAAGGAAGAAUGUACGAGUGAUAGCUGUAGGUCUCAUUUUGACAGCUUUGGACAUUUAGAGUCACGACUGGCCUUACUAGAUGCAGUAUUGCCUCUAUGCAGAACAUGAUUGUGUUCGAAUCAUCAUUGAAUUGGACCGCUUAUUUUCCUUUUCAGUGAGACACUUUAACACAUUCCAUUCUUGUGUACUAUUUGAAUUAUGUAUAAUGUAUAUUCAAAAUGGCUUUUUACGUACAAGAGGCAUCCAAACAGAAUGAACUCUGCAUGAUCUUUGUUUUUUAUUUAAAACAAUACACUCCUCAGAAAAUGCCUUUAAAAGCUUUAAGCAUUAACCAAUCCAUGCUGUAUGUUCAAUAUGAAGAUGACAAAUAAACGCUGACGCAGGAAGGUCAUCACACGUGGGCAGUGUCAAACCUGUUACCGUUGGUUAAUGGUGAGUGACUGUGUUGCCGGGAAUGAAACUGGAAUUGUCUGGUCAUACGGCAGCAUGUUAUCUGUGGACCGAAGCAGCUGACACCAAAUGUCUGUAACUCAACAACAUCAUUAAAAUAAAGCAGAAAAUGCAACUGUG